AUGGCCGACCGCGUCCUUCUAUUGCAGAACCCGAUCACAGUGUUCUUUGCCUCGACCCAAGGCUUGGCGAAGGCGGACAAGGAGAAGGUGGAGAAGUUGCGCCUGUCAGACGAGCAGUGGGACUUGUUGAAGGAGUUGAGGACAUUUCUCAGCCACUUCAACAAGGUCUCCAAGGCAGCUGAGGGGACGGCGUACCCGACAGUGUCGAUGGUGGUGCCGUACUACAAUGACCUCAUCGACGCCAUGGAGUCGCGCCUGGCCAAGGGGCCAUCGGCGACGCUGCGGCCGAUGAUCUUAAAGGCGCUUGACCCCUUGAAGAAGUACGCCUACAUCAGCAGCAACGAGCACUGGAUCGCCACCUUCCUGGACCCAUCCAUGAAGGCGACGUGGUUCGACGACGAUCACUGA